ACACACUGCUCGACAACCAAACACCUCCGCUGGUCCGGUGAGCGCUUGGAAUUGUUGACUCCUAAAGUUAGAAUCGCAAUGGCUGGAAGAGGUUUUAGACGAAACACGACUUCCCAGUUCUUGAUGAGCUGCCUUCAACAGCGGCGUAUAGAAGACCGCAAACGUGAAGAGGCUCAGCGUUUAGACCGAAACAGACAGAUGAGUGACUGCUUGCAGAAUCAGGAGGACUUUGAUAGGAGGAGACAUCUGCAGAAGCUUCACAUCGAACAGAAGGAAAAGCAAACUGAGAACCAUCUUCUUCAGGCAGAGGAAGAGAAAAUAAACAGGGAAAAACAAUUUGAACAAGAAGAGAGACUGGCGAAAGAGUUGGCCCGCAUCAACUAUGAGAAGCAAAGAGAAGAAAGAAUGAGGCAGUAUGUCAAAGAGAACAGCACAGAGCUUCGGGAAUUGGAGGUGAAGCUGAAUGCCGCAUAUGUGAGUAAGGAAAGAGCUGCACAGAUUGCUGAGAAGAAGGCAAUGAAGCUUCAGGCCAUGUGUGAGGAGGCAGAUUACCUUCAAAAGCUGAAGAGCGAACAGGAGCUAGCAGUUACUGAGCAGGAGAAGCUGGAGCAGAGGCACCGCAAGGAGGCCCUGCAACAUCAGAAGGAGCUGGAGCAACAGCUUGUGGAAAAGGAACGCAGAAGACAAGAGGCCUAUAAGGAGUUACUCAAGGAGAAGCUCCUGGUCGAUGAGAUUGUCAGGAAGAUUUACGAGGAAGAUCAGACGGCAAGACAACUGAAGAUGGAGAAAGCCCUAGCCACUCAGCAAGAAAUCGAAGAAUUCCAGCGGCAGCAAGCUGCAUGGAGACAAAUGGAACAAAAAAGAAUGGAAGCUGAGAACAGACGCAUCAUGGAGUUUGCAAACUAUAAGGAGGACUUUGAGAAGAUUCUAUCGACCAAGACCAGAGAGAGAGCAGAAGCAAGACAGCAGUUUCAGAAAAUGGUCUUUGAGAACAUUGAAAUGGAGAAGCAAAUGCGUGAAGAGCUGGAGCAAGAUCGUGUGGAACUCUAUGUGUUGGAGAAAGAAGAGGCCAACAGGCAGAAAGAAGCUGAAGACAUGGAGAAGAAAAUCAGACAGAGGCUGACGUUGCUGGAAGCUCACCAGGAGGAAAUGGCUUUCAGAGAGAUGCGCAGGCAGGCGCAGAAAGAAGAAGAGGAGGCUUUCCGUAAACUGAUGAUGGAUAAGCUUGCAGAGGAUGAUCGGAUAGAACAGAUGAAUGCCGGAAAACGACGUAUGAAGCAACUUGAGCACAGACGGGAAGUGGAGAAACUCAUAGAGGAGAGAAGGAAGCAGCGUGAAGUUGAAAUGGAGCUGGAAGCCAAAGAACGAGCGACUGAGGAGGAGAGGGAGGCCAUUCGCAGACAGAUAAUUGAAGAGGAGCGACAAAAACUUCUUCAGCGCCAUGCAACAAAUCUUAUUGGACAUUUACCAAAGGGUUUGCUCCAAGAACGUGACCUGGAACACUUCAGCGAAGACUUCAGAGACAAAUUUAAGAUUCCCCAGGUUGAUCUGUUCUCUGAGGAAGGCUGGGAGAGCGACAGCUAAGUUUCUUCUUUCCAUUCUGUACCACUAGAUGGCAGUUUAAAGUUACUCUCCGCAGAAGGUUUUAUGACAAUAAUGUCUUCAGUUAUUUAAUAAAACAUGUUGCUGUUUUACUGUAAAUGAUUUAGCAUUUUUCUAAGGAAAGUUGGUGCU